CUCGCUCUCGUCUUCGUCGUCGGACUGAGCCGCGACAUGCUCGUGAACAUGUGGAGCCGUGCGCGCGCGCGUGUCGUCCGUCCGCCGAUGUUAUUGUGAAACACGCGCACGCGACGACACACGCACACAAUAACGCGACGUGACACGCGCAAGUGAGGCUGACACGCACGCGCGCGUUUGUGACGUCUUUGAAAUUGUCACAGCAGGUGGAUCAUUUCCGGUGAGAGGCUUUGGGGGCGGAGCCAGCGACUGUGACAAUGACGACCAAUGUUUUCCUCUUCGAUAUUUUGUAUACUUGAAGCAGUGUUUUAAAAUAAGUACAACGGAGUAGUACUUUAGUAGCAUAUAUGCAUAUGUGCCUGCGAAUAUUCUCAUUCAUCUCAGGGCAUUGAACGGCUGGCAAGUGGGCUGUCGCCUUUGUCCUGGAAGACGUUCGGCCUCUCAUCAGUUAGGACCCACAAACCGGUGUUUGUGUGGAAAACUCAACUAUUUAUACUGGGUUGAGAAUAAGCAUUCAUUCAUGCAUCUUCCGUUCCGCUUAUCCUCACUCGGGCGCGGCAUAUGUACUUUAAUUUGUACUACUUCCUUAUCAACGUAUUGCAGGGAUGUUCGAUUCACGCUUGAGUACUUGAUACGUAGAUUUUAAUUAACACGCUGACAGAGAACCUUCCUUUCUGACGUCCAUGAUAUAUAUGCAUAUAUCACAUAUACAGUGGGUACGGAAAGUUUUCAGACCCCCUUACAUUUUUCACUCUUUGUUAUAGUCCAGCCAUUUGUUAAAAUAAUUUAAGUUCAUUUUUCUUCAUUAAUGUAUACACAGCACCCCAUAUUGACAGGAAAAACACGUAAUUGUCGACAUUUUUGCAGAUUUAUUAAAAAAAACCUGAAAUAUCACACAGCCAGAAGACUUCAGACCCUUUGCUGUGACACUCGCAUAUUUGUCCAUUUCUUCUGAUCAUCCGUGAGAUGGUUCUCCACCUUCAUCGGAGUCCAGGUGCGUUUGAUUAUACUGACUGGACUUGAUUAGGAAAGCCACACACCUGUCUACAUAAGACCUUACAGCUCACAGUGCAUGUCAGAGAAAAUGAGAAUCAGGAGGUCAAAGGAACUGCCUGAAGAGCUCAGAGACAGAAUUGUGGCAAGGCACAGAUAUGGCCAAGGUUACAAAAAAAUAUUCUGAAGAAGAAGAAUUGCCUUUUAUUGUCAUGAACAUGCAUGCACACGAAAUUUGUUCUCUGCAUUUAACCCAUCACAGUGAACACAUACGCAUGUCAGUGGAACACACUGGAGCAGGAGCACCAGGGAAGCAUUUCGGGGUAUCAGUGUCUUGCUCAAGGACACCACAGCCGUGAGUCCGGGGGAUGUUGGCGGAUGGUCCAUUCGGGGUCUUGAACCUAGGUCCCCCACGGUGGCAGGCGAUGAGCUUAACCAUUGGACCAUGGCUGCACUUAAGGUUCCUAAAAGCAGAGUGGCCUCCAUAAUCCUUAAAUGUAAGAUGUUUGGGACGUCCAGAAGCCUUCCUAGAGCCGGCCGUCCGGCCAAACCGAGCGAUCGGGGGAAAAGAGCCUUGGUGAGAGAGGUCAAGAAGAACCCAAAGAUCACCGUGGCUGAGCUCAAGUGUGUUUUUCAGCUGCAGGGACAGGACGACCGGUUGCAAUCGAAUGAAAGAUGAAUGCGGCCAAGUAUAGGGAUAUCCUGGACGAAAACCUUCUCCAGAGCGCUCGGGACCUCAGACUGGGCUGAAGGUUCACCUUCAAAAAAGACAAUGACCCUAAGCACACAGCUAAAAUAACGAAGGAGUGGCUUCAGAACAACUCUGUGACUGUUCUUGAAUGGCCCAGCCCAGCCAGAGCCCUGACUUAAACCCAAUUGAGCAUCUGUGGAAAGACCUGAAAAUGGCUGCCCACCAACGUUCACGACAUCCGACUUGACAGAACUGGAGAGGAUCUGCCAGGAGCAAGGGCAGAGGAUCCCCAAAUCCAGGUGUGAAAAACUUGUUGCAUCAUUCCCAAAAAGACUCACGGCUGUAUUAGCGCAAAAGGGCGUUUCUAAAAAAUGAUGAGCAAAGGCUCUGAAUACUUACGGCUGUGUGAUAUGUCAGGUUUUCUCUUUUAAUAAAUCUGAAAAAAUGUCAACAAUUCUGUUUUUUUCUGUCAAUACCAAUACCGUACCCAGUGUGUGUGUAUGUGUAUAUAUAUAUAUAUAUAUAUAUAUAUAUAUAUAUAAAUAAAAUACUUUAUUUAUUUAUUUAUUUAUUUAUUUUCUCUUCUUCUUAAGACAAAAAUCUCAAUUUGCCCAGAAACCUUCUGAUUUUGCAAAUUCUUGCUGCGUCGCGCUCCGGUUGAAGUGGCCAUUCCACCCGACCGAACUCAGCAUUUGUCAUGUUUGGCAAAUCUUGUCACGUUGCUACUUAUUGUACUGUACAUUCCUUUUUCUUCUUACUUGAAGUUGUACGCGGGUGCCAAAGAAAUGUGUUGUAUUCGGAGUAUGUGGUCCGUUUGUGUCUCUUGUGCGCUUCCGACAGCGAGCGGCGUGUGAUGAAGACGGAGCCGUCGCCCCCUCAUGGAGUGAUCAUGCGUCUCGCGGAGGUUCCAGAAGGAAAACCGAUCGUCAAACGCACUUUUUCCAAGGAGGCGCGAGGACAUUUAAUGUAAUCGGGACUCGCUAACAUGGAGCAGGACUUCACCCAGUCGCCCUUCGCCCUUUACUAACGUCAGUCCGAGGCCACAGAAGAAAAGGCUUUCAUUCCGACAUGGCCACCAACGCCGCCGCCGCCGCAAGGACGCACCGAGUGAGAGACUUUAACCAUUUCAUUACCUGCUACCUUUGCGGAGGUUACCUCAUCAAGCCAGUCACCGUCACUGAGUGCCUGCACACCUUCUGUAAGAGUUGCAUCGUGCAGCACUUUGAAGAGAGCAACGACUGUCCCAAAUGUGGCAUCCAGGUCCACGAGACAAACCCCCUGGAGAUGCUCAGGUUGGACAACACCCUGCAGGAGAUCAUCUUCAAGUUGGUUCCGGGCCUGCGAGAGCAGGAGGAGGAGCGAGAGCUGGAGUUCUGGAAGAAAAACCAGCGCGGCGAGAACCUCCCAGCUGACGUCACGGCGGGGGCGGGGCUUCCCGACGGCGAUGGCGGCGGCCCCGAUGACGACUACCACAGGAGCGACCCUCAGAUCGCCAUCUGUCUGGACUGUCUGCGCAACACGGGCCGCGUCGGCGACACCAGCGUCACGGAUCUGAUGAAGAAAUUCAUUCGCUGUUCCAGUCGCGUGACGGUGGGAACCAUCAAGAAGUUUCUCAGCCUCAAGCUCAAACUGCCCAGCUCCUACGAGCUGGACGUGUUGUGCAACGGCGAGAUCAUGGGCCGAGACCACACCAUGGAGUUCAUCUACAUGACAAGAUGGAGGCUGCACGCCGACAACACGUAUCCCAUGGUCCUGGAGUACCGACCGCGUGUCGACUUCGGAUGAAGUGCACACGCACGCAUUUACAGGGUGUAAUGAAGAUAUUUUUGUAGAGUGUAAACAUGUUGAAGAAUUUUUAUGCUACAUAGAAAUAAGAUGAAUAUGAAUGAUAUAUGAAGAUGUGUACAUGUAUGUGCCUCGAGCUUGACUUACGGAAGGGUUUCACUGUCGUUGGAUCGCUCACAUCCUCUUCAAUCAUGAUGUCAUCAUUAAGUGGGACUCCACUUCCUGGACUCAGUGACAUUACUUCCUGUUCUUUUCAAGGUCUCCAAUGAAGGUUUGGGUUCCUUUCUUGUCGCAAAACAAUUCCGCUCAUUACGUCUGUUGUCUGAGUGAAAAAUCGCAGCUGCGAGAGAGGUGGGGAAAAGUCGCAAAUUUAGCACCAGCUUUUGCGAACUCGCUCUUCUGGUUGUUAGUGUAAGCUGUGCACAUCAGUGAGGACGCCGUGCUUUCAACUAAGGAAGCCUCUAAAAAAUGAAAUAAAUAAAUGGAUUAAAGCAACGAUACUGACCAACGCAAUUAGAGGCGCAACAAUCAAUUGAAUUGAAUGAUUCUGAUCGUUGAUUAACCGUUCGAGACCUUGUUUAAUGCAAAAUUGUCCGAUGGUCUCGUCGGUAAAUUUACUCAGAGGUCUGUCAUCUUCCAUGAAAGUAGCCUGAACUCCCCCCCAAAAUACGACAUUUGCUAACAUCUGAUUUUAUCUUGAAAAACAAUGAUCAACAAUUUUUCCGAUUUUCGGACAGACCAAACCGAGAACUGAGUCGUCAUCAAUUUGAAAUGAUGUCCAGUUGUCAAUGAAAGGGAUGGAACUGUAAUGCUUUUCUAAAUCCGAUCCGAUCAAAAAAUAAUGGACAGGUUCAUCGAUGAUUCAAAUAAUUGUUGUUUGCGGCCCUUGACUCCUUUUAAUGGAUAAAAUGAAAGAAUGGCCCAGCCUUAACUCUCGGUGUGAAAGAGGCUUCGGACAACAACGUAAAUCCUCUUCAAAUUUCACAUUUACUCCUUUUAGGAAAUAUUUAUGACUCGCGCAUUCUUCAGUCCUUGUCGUAGUUCAAAGGUUCUUGUUGUCACGUGACCUCGUGAAUCGCGCGUGACGAUUCCGUCGGGUGCGUUCGAGGAAGUGGUCACGCCGACGAGAACGUAAAGACGUCGGGGACGCGGCCGGAUGACUGCGGGUCAAAAGGUCGUUUCCAUUUCAGGACGGCGCGCGUUUCCGUUCUCUCGAGGUGACGUCGACUUGUCGGCCGGGUGGCGGGAAAAGCGUGGACGCGGGCUGUCAAAAGGAACAAAUGACUACAAGCGCUCCGCUAUCUGUCUGCCUCAUCUUACCGCUCACGGAAAAGAGUGCUGUGAUCGCAAUUAGGCCUCACUUGAACAAGUAAACGUAGAAAAAGGAAGCUCCGGCAGAAGUCCGGUAACCUGUAACUGCCGCACGUAAGUAACCGUGACAAGUCCAACGAAACCAGUGACGUUAGCCGUACUACGUAACUACUAAGGCCAAAUACGGCGGAACCCUCCCUCGGCUUACAAAUUGAAUUUGUUCCGUGACCCGAUGACGCAAAUUCCAUCCAGUCCUUUCCAGCCGCAGAGCGACCUUAUAUUGACCUUGUUUGCUCCAAACAAUUGGUGCGCAAACACAAUUUGCCAUGGUGAACGGACAGCGUGUUCGCUGUGCAGCGUCCUCGCCGUUUCGAGUACGCUCGCCGUGGUUACCGUGAGCCCGAAACGGCCGCCGCGGUGCGUUGUGGGAGGCGGCGGCCGUUUUAGGCAAAAAAGGAAGCUCACCGAAGCCCGCGGCGUGAGAAAAAGCCCCAAAUUCUGCCACGACUGUUGUUUUUCUUCGCAAGUAUCGUUCGUGAGCCGACUUGUGCUUCAACAAGUGCCCCUCAAAAAUGCUUGGCUCUUCCAAGUAUCAUAAUAAUGACCAACAUAAAAAGACAGGAGCAUAGUAGCUGCAAGUGUUUAUUACCACAGCGGUAAAAAGUAGAUUGAAGGUCACUGUAACUUAAUGCACACUUUGACCGUUUGAUUCAAUGAUUCUCUUGCGUAGCGCUAUCUCAAACCAAGCCGGUACACCCUGAACCGGUAGCCGGCCAGUCGCAGGGCACUUAUAGACAAACAACCACGGGGAAAAGAACUCCAAACCGGGCGGCCGGAACACGCGUUCCGACCCUCCGCCUCUCAACUGUGAGGCGGACGUGCUCGGCGGUCGGCAAGUCGUGUCAUUCGUUUACUUUUCGUGGAAAGCGCUUUGGGUUGCAUUGUAUGUAUGAAAACUGCCAUACGAAUAAAGGCUGAUUGGUUGAUAACUUGAUAUGAGCCGUAGAGUCAAAUAUGCAGCAAAAAGUCUUAUCAGAAUCAGAAUCAUCUUUAUUUGCCGAGUAUGUCAAAAACACGAGGAAUUUGUCUCCGGUACGACGGCAGACAGCCACCUCGACCAAAAAUACUUUUGACACAUAAAAACAAAGACACACUACGGAGAAACACUGGGCAAUGAAAGAUUACCGGAAAUGUGGUAAUGGCAAUAU